AUGGAUAUAAUAAGCUAAAAUCUUGUCGAAUCUUAAGAAGCUAAAUAUAAGCUUGCUUUGCAUCUUCAAAACAGAAAAAAAGUCAAAGAGAUGUACAGAAUGAAAGGUGUAUAAAUGCUCAAUAAGCCUGAGUUAGUCAUUUCUGAUAUCUAAGAACCUAAGUUAAAGCCUUAUUAAAUUUCUAUUUAUUAGACUAUGAAAAACGAAUUAACUGAAAAAGGUUAUUCUGAAUUUAGGUUUUUAGGACAGGGAGUAUAGGGAUUUGUUUUGUUAGCAAAAAAUUCUUAUACUAACAUGAGGUAUGCUAUCAAAGGUGUUUAAGUUAGAGAUCCUCAAGGAAAUAUUGAUGAAGAUCUUAACAAUAGAGUGAAAUAAGAAGUAGAAAUACUCAAAAAAUGUAGAGAUUCCCCUUACGUAGUCAGUCUUUUAGAUUAAUUUGAAGGAUAACAAUUUAGUUACUUAGUUCUAACUGAGUGUUAAGGAACUCUCACGUAAAUUUUAGAAAGGAACUAAAUCAUAAGACUGAAUGAAAUAUCAGUAAUCAAAUAUGCUCAUGAUAUUGCUCAAGGCCUCUAUUAUAUCCACUCUAAGAAUUGCCUUGUUAAUGAUCUGAAAAUGGAUAAUAUCUUAAUUGACUAUCAUGGAAAUGCAGUUGUUUCUGAUUUUGGUUUAGCAGAUAACCUAAUUAAUAAAUCUGGCUAUGCGUUCAAUCAAUAUAUGGGAAAUGUUUUGUAUCAAGCACCAGAGUGUAUUGACCCAGCUGAUCCAUUCAUAGGUAAGGUUUAUCAUGAUGAAUAUUUAAAAUUAGGUGUCACCGUGAGACAAGAGCCAAGUAAUAGAGGAAUAGAUUUGAAUUUAUUAUCAAAUAAGCACAAACCAUUAAAUUAUGAUGGUGAAUUAAAAAAUUUUGUUUAUCAUAAUUAGCUUAAAUAUAUUAUUGAAGGAUUAACUAAUUUUGUUCCAAAGAAUAGAAUGCCUAUUAAAGAGGCUUUAAUUAUUUUAAAAGGAAUUAUUUCUUUUGAAUUUUAGUUAGAUGACAUGCUUAUUGAAAUGAUAGAUGAAAACAUUUAGUAGUUCACAAGUUCACUCAAAAAUGAAAUUGAAUUUGUUAAAGAUUUUUCAAAUAAGUUUUACCCAAUCAUUAAAAACGAGCAGACCUUAAACUAAGAGUUGAAAGAAGACCAUCAAAAAAGAUAAUAUGUUGAUUAACAAAUUUUACUUAAAAUAUCCUCAAUUUAGUAAAAAUAAUUUAUAAAAAAGGAGGAAAAAAUAGAAGAAUUAUAGAAAGCAAAUCUCUAACUAUAAUAAAGUAUUAGUGAAUAAGAAAAAACAAUUAAAGAUUUAUUCAACUAGUUAGAAUCAUUUUAGAAUUAGUUAACAAAUCAACCUUAGAUUAUGAAGAUACCAAUGAAGGAAAUGAAAGAAUAGUAACAUGUUAUUUUUUAAGAAAUUAAAAAUAGGAAAAGAAAGAUGAAUUACCAAUAGAAAAAAUUAACUUUAAAUUCAAAAAAUAAGCUUUUAAUAGAAACUAAUAAAAAUAUUAUGAAAAAGAAAAAUGUAAUUAAUUCUUUUUGA